AUGGCUACGUCAUUCGCAAGGCGGCGAUCGUCGGAUGGUAGUGUAGUGGCUGCGAGAGUCAAUGCUACUAUUGUAGCACAAGGACCACCUGUUGCAUUUUUUGGCAAUUGUGUUAUUGAUGAUGUAUUGUACGUACAUGGUGGUGUUAAGACACGUGGUGAUACCCAUCCGUCAAAUCAGUUAUAUAUUUUUGAAAAUAAUACUUGGAACGAUAUCACAACUAGUUCUUCUCCUUCUCUAUCUUAUCAUCGUUUAAUUCCAUACGGAAAAAAAUAUAUCAUAUCCAUUGGAGGAUGGACUGGUCAUGAACGAACGAGUGACAUUUGUGUGUAUGAUAUUGAAACUAAAAACUGGCAUAAAGCUCAUUCAACAGGGUUUCCCGAGGGGGGUGGACUCAAUAAUCACGCAAUUAUUUCACUGCGUGAUGGUUCAAUACUUGUCUCAGGACGAGAUGGUGGAUUGCGAACACAACGAAAACAUGGAGAUGUCUACAAAUUAAGUGGUGAUCCUGCAAAAGGUACAUUUAGAUAUGAAGAUUAUCCGAUAUCCGCGAGUUCAAGAAGUGGUCACACAUUGACAGCUCACGGAUCAUCCUUAUUCAUCAUCGGCGGACGAGCUGAUCAUUUUGUUGAAAGAUAUCCCGGUGUGAAAGCUGAGAAUUUAAAUAACUGUGAUGAUUUACACUCACAAUUAAAAAGUAUUUUGUCUGAAAUGACACCAAUGAAAAAACCACCAGCGUCUCGGAAAGAUCAUACAUCGGUUUCAUGCAAAGAUUUUGCUCUUAUCUAUGGUGGUGAAACGUUCGAUGGGCGUACGAGAGAUCCUGUCGGUGAUACUUUAGUACUUCAUAUGAGUGGCGGCGAAGAAUGGUUCAAUUUAGGUCCCAUUGAAUAUGGAAGGCAAGGUCAUUCUAUAUCAUAUAUCAAUGGUAGGCUAAUUGUCCAUGGAGGAUUAGGCCCAAAAGCGUUAGCAUGUUCUGAAACAUUUAGUUUAGAUUUUGUGUGA